AUGAAACCCGCAAAGGCGUCCCAGCGCUACAGGGGCAUCCGGAGAAAUGCCAGCCAGCGCUACCUCUACCAGGAGUCCCUGCUGCUCAGCAACUUGGACGACAGCUUUAAUGCUGAUGAAACAGGGGACAGCAAUGAUCCGGAACAAAUCUUCCAGAAUAUACAAUUCCAGAAAGAUCUCAUGGCAAACAUUCGCUGCAGACCCUGGACCAUGGGGCAGAAGCUGAGGGCUCUCAGACGGGCGAAGGAGAUUGUGCUGAAGUUUGAGGGGAGGCUGACCAGGACCCGAGGCUACCAGGCAGCAGGUGCAGAGCUCUGGCGGAAAUUUGCUCGUCUUGCCUGUAACUUCGUGGUCAUCUUCAUUCCCUGGGAAAUGCGGAUAAAGAAAAUCGAGAGUCAUUUUGGCUCUGGUGUUGCCUCCUACUUCAUAUUCUUGAGAUGGUUGUUUGGAAUUAACAUCGUCCUCGCCGCGAUGACGGGUGCUUUCAUUGUCAUUCCAGAGCUGAUCGCGGGCCAGCCCUUUGGCAGCACAGCCAGGAAGACCAUCCCCAAGGAGCAGGUGGCCUCCGCCCAAGACCUGGACACCGUCUGGUCCCUGGGGGGCUACCUCCAGUACUCGGUCCUCUUCUACGGCUACUACGGCAGGGAGCGCAGGAUUGGGAGAGCCGGCUAUCGGCUGCCCUUGGCGUACUUCCUGGUGGGGAUGGCCGUGUUUGCUUACAGCUUCAUCAUUCUUCUAAAAAAGAUGGCUAAGAACUCCCGCACCAGCCUGGCCAGCGCCUCCAGAGAAAACUACACCUUCUGCUGGCGGGUGUUUUGCGCCUGGGAUUACCUCAUCGGAAACCCAGAGGCAGCGGAGAGCAAGACGGCUGCCAUCGUGAACAGCAUCAGGGAGGCUAUACUGGAAGAACAGGAAAAGAAGAAAAGCAAAAACCUGGCAGUGACCAUCUGCCUGAGGAUCAUCGCCAACAUCCUGGUGCUGCUGUCGCUGGCUGGGAGCAUCUACCUCAUCUACUUCGUGGUGGACCGGUCCCAGAAGCUGGAGCAGUCCAAGAAGGAGCUGACGCUUUGGGAAAAGAAUGAGGUGAGUGUGGUGGUCUCCCUCGUCACCAUGCUGGCGCCAUCUGCCUUUGACCUCAUCGCCGCCUUGGAGAUGUACCACCCGCGGACCACACUGCGCUUCCAGCUGGCGAGGGUCCUUGUGCUGUACCUGGGGAAUCUCUACAGUCUGAUCAUUGCCCUCCUGGACAAAGUCAACAGCAUGAGCAUUGAGGACGCCGCUACCAAAAGUAACACAAGCCAUUGGUCGGACUCCACCAGUCUCUUUGCCACCAGGACAGCCCCUGCAGGGGAGCCAUGGGCCACGCCUGGGCCCGGAGUGGGGCUCAGGAGGAACAGCACGUGGGCCUUGGCCGAGAGCAGCCUUCCGCCCCGCGCCGCGCCCCUCGCGAAGGCCAACGGCAGCACGCCGGACACGCAGAGUCCGCAGGGCCAGUGCUGGGAAACAUACGUCGGCCAGGAGAUGCUGAAGCUCUCCGUCAUUGACAUGCUCUUCACCGUGGCGAGCAUCCUGCUCAUUGACUUCUUCCGGGGACUCUUCGUUCGGUACUUAAGUGACUACUGGUGCUGGGACCUGGAAAACAAGUUUCCUGAAUAUGGAGAAUUCAAAAUAGCUGAGAACGUGCUACAUUUAGUCUACAACCAAGGAAUGAUUUGGAUGGGGGCCUUCUUCUCGCCCUGUCUCCCUGCUUUCAACGUCCUCAAACUCAUCGGGCUCAUGUACCUGAGGAGCUGGGCUGUGCUGACCUGCAACGUGCCCCACCAGCAGGUGUUCCGAGCCUCCAGAUCCAACAACUUCUACUUGGCGAUGCUGCUGUUCAUGCUGUUCCUGUGCAUGCUGCCCACCAUUUUCGCUAUCGUCCGCUACAAACCUUCUCUAAACUGCGGGCCCUUCAGUGGACAAGAGAAAAUUUAUGACAUCGUGUCAGAAACGAUCGAGAAGGACUUUCCCGCGUGGUUCGGCUCUGUGGUUGGACACAUCAGCAGCCCUGUGGUCAUCCUGCCCGCCGUGCUGCUGCUGUUCCUGCUCAUCUACUACCUCCAGAGCAUCGCGAGGUCUCUGAAGCUCAGCAACCACCAGCUCAGAAUGCAGAUCCAAAACGCAAGAUCAGAAGACAAGAAAAAGGUUGCCCAGAUGGUCGAAGCCCGCAUCCAGACCCAGGAGGAAAGCGCCAAGAGGCUUCCGAAGGACAGCGAUCGCGUCAGCCAGCUGUCCUCAGCACACUCGGCCACACCCCAAAACAACGGCAACGUGGUCAACUUCGACUCGGUGAGCAGCAAGAGCAGCAGGAUAGAGACUGUCGCCCAGUCUGUGCCCCAGAGUCCCAGGCCGGGGCCCAGGGCGCCCAGCUCACCUCUUCCCGGAGUCUCCAAAUCCAGGCCAGGGCACGACGCCCGCAGGUACCCACGCGGUCUCUACGCCAGCACAGGGGACCUCCGCAAGAGCAGAUCGCACACACCUGUGACGUUUGCUAAGCACGCAGAUGACAUCCACUCAGAGCCUCUUUUCCAGAAAGACUUUCAGCAAAUCGAUCCUUCCCUCCACGGACCCGGGGUCUCGGCCUUGGUGGCAGAGGGUCCUAGGCCCCACGCCCCCAGAUACUAUAUCAUUAAUGAACGGGACUCUCACAAGAAAAACCAUCCAACUUUCUGGCCAGAAAGACAUUUCAAGAUAGAUGCCUCGGGUGACAUCGUGGAGAUGUACCCCAGAAACGUGCGACCAUAUGUGUCCCGGGUCUACCCCCAGCCCCACUCUCCACAGCUGAGUGAGGAAGAGGAGGAGAGGCCGGGGAGAGAUUUGACCAAAAGGUCUUUCGCCCCGCGCUCCCUCACAGACCUCCACCGGGCCCCUCACUUUUACAUCGGCGAGAGGUCAGAGAGCCGGACCCUGGCCCCAGAGCACCAGGGGAGGGCGCACUACCAGUCUUGGAAUGACGGUUUCGGGGGCCAGCCCGACAGGCCCACGUAUGCGCACAGAAAGCCACGCUCCCGGAACUUCCGACAUCCACAGCACCCUCUGAAGCCCAGGGUCAAGCCCAGGUUCGAGCCACCUGUCACAGAAUCCGAUUCCAUGUCGGCGGCGUCCAGUAGUGACCAGCAGAAUAGCAGCACCGACCAGUACCUGCAAGUGACCCCCAGCCAGGGCAGGUGCCCGAGGGCCGUGGGCCGACUCAGCAGGAGGAAGGCCGAGUCGGGGCCGGAGCUGGCCCUGGAUCUGGACGACCUGAUCUACUCUAACGUCUAG